AUGUCACAAUCUUAUGGAAAUUACGAUAAAGUAUUUAGCCAGCGUGUCGAUUACGCACCAGUACAUCUUGAGCGCUGGAGGAGCAGAGUCACUGGGCUUAGCGUAGCUCAAGUCAAGCACGAGAGCCCAAUGUGCGAGGCCAACUUUGUCGUCCCCACUGAAAUAUUCGACGACAGCGGCUGUCCACAUACCUUAGAGCACCUCGUCUUCCUUGGAUCUAAACUCUACCCGUAUAAGGGCGUUCUCGACACUCUCGCCAAUAGAGCAUUUGCAGCAGGUACAAAUGCAUGGACUGAUACGGAUCAAACCGUUUACACUCUCCAAACCGCUGGAUACGAGGGCUUCUUGAGGAUGCUCCCCGUCUACAUGGACCACUUGCUCAGACCAACUAUCACUGAUGCCGGCUACACGACCGAAAUUCACCACAUAAACGAGUCUGGUGACGAUGCUGGCGUCGUCUAUUCUGAAAUGCAGGGUAGAUCAACCUCCCCAUUCGAUUUGAUGGAGGACAAGCAGCGUGGUCUCAUCUACCCAAAGAACAGCGCUUAUCGCUCUGAAACUGGCGGUAGAAUGGAGGCUCUUCGUGUGCUUACUGCAGACAAAGUGCGCGAUUUCCACAAAAAAUACUACGCUCCUCAUAAUCUCUCACUCGUGGUUACCGGGGAUAUUCCAACCGAUAAGCUUUUGGAUGUUAUGCAAAAUGUAAUUGAACCACGUAUCAUCUCUGAUGCUAAGGAGAGAGGUAUUGAGAUUGGUGUCAAGCCACGUGGCUGGAAGAGACCAUUCGUCGAAACUCCUUCAGCAGAACCCCUCAAGUUGCAAAAGACUGAAAGAGCAGUCGCUGAAUUCCCAGAGCAGGAUGAAAGUGUUGGUGAAGUUGAGUUGUCGUGGGUCGGUGGGAAGACUAACGACUUCUUGCACACUAAGGCACUCGAUAUUCUCGGCACUUAUUUAACUGACUCUGCUAUUUCACCAUUGCAAAAGCACCUUGUUGAGAUUGCUUCCCCUUACUGCACAGAUAUCAACAUAUACAACCGCGAGCGUGUUUGCAACGACACUAUACAUUUCAACUUGGCCUCUGUACCGACUACUGAAAUUGACAACGUUGAAGGCAAGCUUAUGGAAAUUCUUAACAACAUUGUAAAGGAAGGUUUCGAUAUGGACAGGAUGGCUCUCGUUCUCAAGAGAGACCGCGUCAAAUUGCUUGACAUGGCUGAGAGACAAGCUGCAAGUGCAUUCGCCUAUAUGUUCAUCGCCGAUCAUCUCUACGGUGACGCUGAAGGCAAGGAUCUUCAAGACUCGCUGGCUGAGAUGAAGAGAUGUGACAUUUUAAGUCAAUGGACGUCUGACGAUUGGGCACAGCUUUUAAAGAAGAGCUUUAUCGAUGCACCAUUCAUCAAUGUCAAAGGAAAGCCAUCAGCCACGCUCGCAAAGACACUUGAAGAGAAUGAGCAGAAGCGUUUGGAUGAACAGCGCAGGUCUUUGGGUGAAGAGGGUAUCAAGAAGGCCAAGAAGGUAUUUGAUGAUGCUCAAGUGGAAAACAAUAAAGAAAUUCCAGAUGACAUGAUCAAGUCAUUCGAAGUACCAUCGACAGACUCAAUCUCCUGGAUCCCAAUAGAGAGUGCUCGUCAAGAGUACAAAAAGGCAUCAAUCACCUCACCUACUAACAAUGAGCUCCGUAAGCAUAUUGAGUCUGAUCCAAGCAAGCCACCAAUUUUUGUCCAAUACGACCAUGGAAAAUCAUCAUUUACAUCAAUUCGCAUUUACCUCUCAACCAACGAACUUCCAAAGCAUCUGAGACCAUACGCGUCGCUAUUCCUCUCUACCUUCUUCUCAUUACCAGUCAAGCGUCGCGACGGUACAAUGCUCUCGCACGAGGCUGUUGUUCGCUCACUUGACGAGACAACUCUUGAACACGACAUUAACUUUGGUUCGAGAGGGACAUUUGCAGAGCUAUUACAAGUGUCUGUCAAGGUUGAAAAGCAAUAUUACGAAGCUUCCAUUGAGUGGUUGAGCGACUUGCUUACAGGUAGCGUAUUCGAUGUCGAGAGACUGAAGGUAACUGCUGCUAAGAUCCAACAAGGCCUGCCAGAGCAGAAGAGAGAAGGUGAUACUGUCGUGUGGGCAAUGUCGACGUCACUCAUGUUUGACAGUCUUCAACAAGCCAAUGCUGUUCUCGAGCAGUCAGAGUUCAACCCAACUGUCAUAAAGAGACUUGAAGAUGAUCCAAAGGGUGUCAUUAGCGAUCUUGAAGAAUUUAGAAGGUGUGUUGUUCAGCCAAACGGAAUACGCGUCAGUGUUGCUGGAAAUGUAAUGGGUCUUGAGCGUCCACAGGAGCCAUGGGCCAAGUACUUCCCAGAGGAGAACAACAAGCCACUCGCAUCCGUGCCUUGGGUGAAGGACUUUAAGUUGCCACUUGGUCAAAACCCAUCAAAGAAGGCAGUCGUUGUCCCACUACCAUCGAUUGAAUCGUCAUUCUCUGUGCACACCGCCAAAGGUGUUGAAGGAUAUGAUCAUCCAGACAUUCCAGCAUUAAUGGUCACAUUGGGUACGCUCAAUGCACUCGAGUCAUACCUCUGGCGCUAUAUUAGAGGAACAGGGUUGGCGUAUGGUGCAUCCAUAACGCAAAACCCAGAAUCUGGAUUGAUGAUGUUCACUGUGUACAAAGCACCAAAUGCGUUCAGGGCGUAUGAAGAGGGUGGAAAAGUAGUUAAGGGGUUAGUUGACGGCAGUAUCACACUCGAGGACACAACGCUUGAGUCGUCGAUAAGUUCACUGUGCUUCUCGAUGACUUCGCGUGAAGCAACUAUCGGCUCUGCUGCUCUGUCCAGCUUCGUGAACCAGAUCUUCAAGCAGGUACCGCAGGAUUAUAAUAAGCAGCUUCUGGCUAAAUUCAGGGAAGUAAAGAAGGAGGACGUGAUGGAUGUGCUGAGAAGGUACAUCGCUCCUCUGUUCAACGCCGACACUAGCAGCGCUGUGAUCGUUUCUGGGCCAUCCAAGGUGGAAGGAAUGGAGGAGAGCUUGAGAAAGGAGGGUUUUGAUGUUGAGAGGAGAACGCUGGAUGUUGAGGAUGUUGAGGAUAGCGACGGCAGUGCAAGCGAGUAA